CGCCUCACAUAAAGCUCUUUCUUCAGAUCGUUCCUUCUCAAACUCUCUCCCCUCUCUCUAUAUAACCCCUUCCUUGUCGCUCUACAUAAAUCUUCCCCUUUCAUAUAAAAGAAUCAUCCUUUCAAAUUCUUUACCGCUAACAAUUCCUUUUUGCUCUACACCUUCCUAAAUCAGCCCUUUCUGCCCAAUCUGAGCUCCAAUUUAAGCAAACCCUAGGUUUUAGAUUUUGCUUUAAAAGAGUUUCGUGUAUACUAAAGGGACUAGGUCAAACGACGAAUGGCAGAUCAAGGAUAUGAGGGGAGCCAGCCAGUUGAUCUUUCCAAGCACCCUUCUGGAAUAGUCCCGACGCUCCAGAACAUUGUCUCAACGGUGAACUUGGACUGCAAGUUGGACCUGAAAGCUAUUGCACUCCAAGCUCGAAAUGCUGAGUAUAAUCCAAAGCGUUUUGCUGCAGUGAUCAUGAGAAUUAGAGAACCAAAAACUACAGCACUGAUUUUUGCUUCUGGGAAGAUGGUUUGUACUGGAGCCAAAAGUGAACAACAAUCAAAGUUGGCAGCCCGGAAAUAUGCUAGAAUCAUUCAAAAGCUUGGUUUUCCAGCCAAGUUUAAGGAUUUUAAGAUCCAGAAUAUUGUUGGUUCUUGUGAUGUUAAAUUUCCUAUUAGACUUGAAGGCCUUGCGUAUGCCCACGGUGCUUUCUCAAGUUACGAGCCAGAACUGUUUCCUGGAUUAAUAUAUCGCAUGAAACAACCAAAAAUAGUGCUGCUUAUUUUUGUUUCUGGGAAAAUUGUCAUCACAGGAGCCAAGGUUAGAGAUGAGACAUAUACUGCGUUUGAGAACAUAUACCCAGUUCUUACUGAGUUCAGGAAGAAUCAGCAAUGAGUUGAUACUGUUUCAUGCAGUGGAGCAUCUGCUAUGACUAACUGCAGGGUGGUUCAAAUUUGAAGACUUCCUUGGGUUUUCUUAAUUGUAGAUAUUCUAUAAAUCAGGCGUUUCGUGGGAAGUUUGUUUAAGUUACAACUGAUAGGUUGGAACUUUAGCAAGAUCGGGAUAACUGUGUUACUUCACUUGUAGCAUAUCAUAAAUUUCAAUUUAGGGCCAGCCAAGAAACUGAUCGUUGGUUCUCAAUUUUCUUGUACUUGUUGAGUCUAUAAUUCUUGAAAGCAGCUUUUUGGUUU